CAAUACUCUGCGAUUACCGUAUGCGCCAACUUCAUCACGUUUUCCUUGAUCUUGUCGCAAUCGGUACAAUUCAAUUCUUUGGUAAUGAAUAGACCCAAAUGACACUCACUGCUGCCUUAACUUCAAAGUCAACCAUCUAUUACCUGAAAAAGUGCAUAUAGGUCAACAAUGAAGCGUUUUGUUUAUAUUGACGACGAUGAUUUGUCAAACAAUAUUUACUGUGACAACCGGAUCUCAAACAGAAAAUAUACUGUAUGGAAUUUUCUUCCGAAGAACUUGUGGGAGCAAUUCAGCCGUUUUAUGAACCAGUAUUUUUUGUUGAUUGCUUGCCUUCAACUAUGGUCACUCAUCACUCCAGUAAAUCCUGCUAGUACAUGGGGCCCUCUCAUCUUUAUAUUUGCGGUCUCAGCAACAAAGGAGGCAUGGGAUGACUACAAUAGAUAUCUUUCAGACAAGAAAGCUAAUGAGAAAGAAGUUUGGGUUGUGCGGAAGGGCAUCAGAAAACAUGUUCAAGCCCAAGACAUUUGUGUUGGUAACAUUGUAUGGCUUCGUGAGAAUGAUGAAGUACCCUGUGAUCUGGUCUUGAUUGGCACCUCUGAUCCACAUGGUCUUUGUUACGUGGAGACAGCUGCCCUUGAUGGUGAAACUGAUCUUAAGACAAGGGUGGUUGCCUCUGCUUGUAUGGGAAUAGAUUCUGAAUUAUUGCACAAAAUCAAGGGUGUGAUUGAGUGUCCCAUUCCAGACAAAGACAUCAGAAGAUUUGACGCAAACAUGAGGCUAUUUCCUCCGUUCUUGGACAAUGAUGUAUGCCCUUUGACCAUUCAAAAUACAAUUCUCCAAUCAUGCUAUUUGAGGAACACAGAAUGGGCAUGUGGUGUUGCUGUUUAUACAGGAAAUGAAACAAAGCUUGGCAUGAGUAGGGGCAUACCAGAACCAAAGCUUACAGCCAUGGAUGCUAUGAUUGACAAGUUGACGGGCGCAAUAUUUGUUUUUCAGAUUGUUGUUGUUAUUGUUCUGGGCAUUGCUGGGAAUGUCUGGAAAGAUACAGAAGCACGCAAGCUAUGGUAUGUCCAGUAUCCAAAUGAAGGUCCAUGGUACGAGUUACUUGUCAUCCCUCUUCGAUUUGAGCUUCUUUGUUCCAUCAUGAUUCCCAUUUCAAUAAAGGUAUCACUGGAUCUUGUAAAAAGCCUAUAUGCCAAGUUCAUUGAUUGGGACAAUGAGAUGGUUGAUCCGGAAACUGGUACUCCUUCCCAUGCGACAAACACAGCAAUCAGUGAGGAUUUGGGGCAAGUAGAAUACAUAUUGACGGAUAAAACCGGGACACUUACUGAAAACAAGAUGAUCUUUAAAAGAUGUUGUAUUAGUGGAACCUUCCAUGGGAAUGAGAAUGAAGAUGGUUUAAAGGAUCCUGAACUGCUUAAAGCUGUUGCCUCUGGUUCUCCAGAUGCUAUUCGAUUUCUUAUUGUCAUGGCAAUAUGUAAUACAGUGGUUCCCGUACAAAGCAAAGCUGGAGCAAUUUCAUACAAGGCACAAUCUCAAGAUGAGGAAGCGCUUGUGCGUGCUGCAGCUCGCUUAAAUAUGGUCUUUCUUGAAAAGAAAGGGAAUAUUCUUGAUAUCAAUUUUAAUGCUUCGCUGGUCCAGUAUGAAGUAAUGGAUACCUUAGAAUUCACUUCUGAGAGAAAAAGGAUGUCUGUGGUUGUCAGGGACUGUCAAAAUGGAAAUAUCAUACUAUUGUCAAAAGGAGCAGAUGAGGCUAUUCUGCCUCAUGCACACGCUGGACAACAAACACGGAUCUUUGCUGAAGCGGUGGAACAAUAUGCUCAGCUUGGUCUGCGGACAUUAUGUUUGGCAUGGCGUGAUUUAGAAGAAGAGGAAUAUCAUGAAUGGUCAUUAUUGUUUAAAGAGGCUAAUAGUUCAUUGGUUGAUAGAGAGUGGAGAGUAGCUGAGGUCUGCCAAAGGAUAGAGCAUGGCUUUGAGAUCAUUGGAGUUGCAGCAAUUGAAGAUCGUCUGCAGGAUGCUGUACCCGAAACAAUUGAGACACUCAGGAAGGCAGGAAUAAACUUUUGGAUGCUGACUGGCGACAAACAGAGUACGGCAAUACAGAUUGCUCGUUCUUGUAAUUUUGUUUCUCCUGAACCUAAAGGUCAGCUUCUGCUAAUUAAUGGGAGAACUGAAGAUGAAGUAGGUCAAAGUCUGGAGAGAGUUCUUCUUACAAUGAGAAUAACAAAUGCAGAACCCAAGGAUGUUGCUUUUGUUGUGGAUGGUUGGGCUCUUGAAAUUGUACUUAAGCAUUAUCGGAAGGCAUUCACAGAACUUGCUAUAUUGUCGAGAACAGCUAUAUGUUGUCGUGUUACUCCAUCCCAAAAGGCACAGCUAGUAGAACUCUUAAAAUCGUGUGACUAUCGGACACUGGCAAUAGGGGAUGGCGGAAAUGACGUGAGGAUGAUCCAACAAGCUGACAUUGGAGUUGGCAUAAGUGGGAGAGAAGGACUGCAGGCAGCAAGAGCAGCUGAUUAUAGUAUUGGAAAAUUCAGGUUCUUGAAAAGACUGAUACUUGUCCAUGGACGUUACUCUUAUAAUAGGACAGCAUUUCUAUCCCAAUAUUCCUUCUACAAAUCCCUCCUAAUAUGCUUCAUCCAGAUUUUCUUCUCAUUCAUUUCAGGUGUUUCUGGAACAAGCCUUUUCAAUUCUGUUAGUUUGAUGGCUUAUAAUGUUUUCUACACCAGUGUUCCUGUUCUAGUCAGUGUCCUUGACAAAGAUCUCAGUGAAAGAACAGUAAUGCAGCAUCCACAAAUACUGUUCUAUUGCCAAGCAGGAAGGCUUCUUAAUCCAAGCACAUUUGCUGGAUGGUUUGGCCGCUCUCUCUUUCAUGCUAUUGUUGUCUUUGUCAUCACCAUUCAUGCAUAUGCUUUUGAGAAAAGUGAGAUGGAAGAAGCAUCCAUGGUGGCACUUUCCGGAUGUAUUUGGUUGCAGGCAUUUGUUGUAGCACUGGAAACAAACUCAUUCACAAUAUUGCAACAUAUUGCCAUAUGGGGAAAUCUUGUUGCUUUCUAUGUCAUCAAUUGGAUUGUCAGUGCCUUCCCAUCCUCCGGCCUCUAUACAAUAAUGUUUCGCUUAUGUAGACAGCCCUCAUACUGGAUUACUAUAUUUAUUAUUGUUGCAGCUGGCAUGGGUCCCGUGCUAGCUUUGAAGUACUUCAGGUAUACCUACAGAUCUAGUAAAAUUAACAUACUUCAGCAGGCCGAACGUAUGGGAGGACCUAUAUUGUCCCUGGGUAACAUAGAGCCUCAGUCGAGAUCUUUGGAUAAAGAUAUUUCUCCUUUAUCAAUUUCUCAACCCAAGAACCGUACUUCUGUCUAUGAACCACUGCUCUCAGAUUCUCCUAGUGCCACAAGACGUUCUUUUGGACCAGGAGCUCCGUUUGAUUUCUUUCAGUCCCAAGCUCGGCUCUCUUCAAAUUAUACAAGAAACUGCAAGGACAACUAAUAUUGACAUGCAGAAUUAUACAGAUCACAUGUAGAAAAGAGAAUA